CCGAAAAUGCUUCAAAACACCGUUCGCUGUGUCUCAAAGCUUGUUCAACCGAUCACAGGAGUCGCUGCUGUUCGCUCGAAGCACUCGCUGCCAGAUUUACCAUACGACUAUGCUGAUUUGGAGCCUGUAAUCAGUCACGAGAUUAUGCAACUUCAUCAUCAAAAGCAUCAUGCCACUUAUGUGAACAAUCUCAACCAAAUUGAGGAAAAGCUUCACGAGGCGGUCUCCAAAGGAAACGUCAAAGAAGCUAUCGCUCUUCAGCCAGCUCUCAAGUUCAAUGGAGGAGGACAUAUCAACCACUCCAUCUUCUGGACUAAUUUGGCAAAGGACGGAGGAGAACCAUCGGCGGAGUUGCUCACCGCAAUUAAGAGCGACUUCGGAUCUCUGGAUAAUCUUCAAAAACAGCUUUCGGCAUCAACUGUCGCUGUUCAAGGAUCAGGAUGGGGAUGGUUGGGAUACUGUCCAAAGGGAAAGAUCUUGAAGGUUGCCACAUGUGCCAAUCAGGAUCCACUUGAGGCAACAACUGGACUUGUUCCACUGUUCGGAAUUGACGUCUGGGAGCACGCUUACUACUUGCAGUACAAGAAUGUUCGACCAGAUUAUGUCAAUGCUAUUUGGAAGAUCGCCAACUGGAAGAACGUCAGCGAGCGUUUUGCAAAGGCACAGCAAUAAAUGAGCUGAAUCACAAGAAUUAAUCGUCAAAUGUAGCAGUAGAAGUUGACUCCCAUUGUUUUGUAACUAUUUUUGUUUCUUAAUUAUUUCGAAAUGUAAAUUUUCAAACCUUUUCAAAUGAAAAGUUUUC